AUGCCGACAAGCUCACAUUCAAAUUCGUCGUUAGAACCAAGAUGCACGGAACUUAGCUUUAUGGAAGCUGAACCCGACGUGCCUAAAGCUCAUCGUCAGUACGAGGUUCUCCGAUCAUUUCCGAGACGCAAUACCCUUAGCACUAUGGAAGCCCCUUCUACAUCCGUCACAGUCGCGCCGUAUGUUGAUGAAAAUAGUCGAAGUCUUCUCGGACCUGUGUACGGAAUAGAAGAAGGAGACUUCCAGCCUGCUAUUCCAGGCAAGUACUCAAGCAGUCACAAUAUUUCUGUCCUUCAUGAGUCUCUGGUUUGCAGCGAUCUGGUACAAGAGGCUCCCGUCGUGAAUGAUUUGGUCAUAGCUGAACAUCAAUUAAAGAUCUAUUACCAGAACGUUAGAGGUCUACGCACUAAGAUAGACGACUUCUUCCUUGCUGCACAGGACUCUUGUUACGAUGUCAUAGUGCUCACCGAGACAUGGCUCGACGACCGAAUUCAAUCUACGCAACUGUUUGGUAGUUUGUACACCGUUUUUCGAACCGAUCGAAGCCCUAAAAAUAGUGCUAAAUCCCGGGGUGGUGGUGUUCUCAUUGCCGCAUCUUGUCGUUUGAGUUGUUGCUUAGAUCCUACACCUGUAUGCGAUACAUUGGAGCAGUUAUGGAUUAGGAUAAAGACACCCACCGGUAAUGCCAGCAUCGGAGUGAUCUAUUUACCACCUGAUCGAAUAGCAAAUGUUAUUGACAUUAAAAACCAUAUCAGUUCUCUUGAAGCGAUUCUUUCGAACUUGAAUGUCUCAGAUAGCGUGAUUCAAUUCGGAGACUACAACCAAUCCAAUCUGGUUUGGUCAAGCUUACCGCACCACCUUCCGGUCAUCGAUAUUCUGCAAUCACGAUUCUCACCAUCUUGCUUAAUUUUGCUGGACGGACUCAGCCUAAAUGGCCUUACUCAAAUCAAACCCAUUGCUAAUCAAAACUCCCGUAUUCUUGAUUUUGCGUUGGUUAAUGAUAACAUCAUAAAUAGAAGUACCGUUUGCAAUGCAGCUGAGCCACUGAUCGAGCUCGAUCGUUAUCAUCCCGCCCUGGAACUAACUGUUGAAAUGCAACUCCCCACAGUAUUCGUGGAUGUCAUUGAUCUACAAAGCCUGGACUUCAAUCGUGCUGACUACAACCUAUUGCGUGAGAGACUUCUUGAGAUUGACUGGCAAACCCUCGAAAUCGCAACCAGUAAAGAUGACGCAGUUGAUUACUUCAACGAAAAAGUAAAUCAAGCUAUUGCUAAUUGUGUUCCUCUUCGUCGACAUCCCCCAAAACCACCGUGGUCCAAUCGUCGAUUACGGCAGCUAAAACGAAUGAGAUCAUAUGCUCUGCGAACUUAUUGUCGUUCCCGCUGUCCAAUGUUGAAAGUCGCCUUCACGCAAGCCAGUAAUCGUUAUCGACUGUACAACCGUUCUCUUUACAAGCGUUACGUGACUCGUACCCAGCGCAACCUUCGUAGGAACCCGAAGCAAUUUUGGUCUUUCGUGAAUUCCAAAAGAAAGGAAAAUGGUUUGCCCGUGGAAAUGCAUCUCGAUGACAGGCACACCAGCACGCUGCCGAGAAAAUGUAACCUUUUCGCGGAACACUUCCAGACUGCAUUCAACAAUUCAGUUGCAUCGAGUUCUCAAAUAAUUGCCGCACUUGAUGAAACUCCUAGGGAUGUAAUCGAGCUCAAUACUUUUGAAAUCUCAGUGCACCACGUAAAAUCAGCCAUAGACAAAUUGAAGGCUUCCAACUCUGUUGGCCCUGAUGGAAUUCCGGCCUGUUGCACAAAAAAGGUGAUAAGGCUGACAUUGGAAAUUACCGUGGUAUCACAUCACUUUGUGCUACUUCGAAAGUAUUCGAGAUCAUCGUAUAUGAUGCAAUGUUUGCCAGCUCUCAACGCUACAUCUCCACUGAACAACACGGAUUCUUUCCAAAGCGAUCUGUAUCAACGAAUCUUGUUCAAUUCAUCACCACAUGCUUACGUGGCAUGA